GAAUUAUUGAAUUGUCAUAACCGUCUUUGGAGCCUUUUUUUGGCUAAACACGUGUCACAUAGACGAACUGUAGAAAUAAAGAGAAAUCAAAUAAUAAAUACAUUUUGUUUUUGAUAACCAUUGCCAAAUGGGAUGGCGAUGUUUUUUUAAAGACUUCUUCAUAGCGCUUUUAAUACAUUUAAUAAUUCCGCUUUAUUUUGAAAGGUUGUUUCCGUUGUUCGUUAAUAGUUUUACUACCGACAGUCGAACAAGCGACUCCGAACAAACAUUUCCAAAGGGGUUUUCUGCCAUUUUGAAGCUUUGCGAUCAUCAGACCAUGAGUAAGGAGACGGAGAUCGACAUGAAGGACGUGGAGCUCAACGAGCUGGACCCCGAGAAGCAGCCCAUGACGGCCGAUGGCCAGGCCGCGGGGGGGGAGAAAAAUGGCAGCGUGAAGCAGAAGGUCCCGGAGGACGAGGUCACGUUCACCGGCCUGUCCAAAGAGGAGCUGAUGAAGGUGGCUGGCACUCCAGGGUGGGUGCGAACCCGUUGGGUGCUGCUGGUGCUGUUCUGGCUGGGCUGGUUGGGCAUGCUGGCGGGAGCCAUUGCGAUCAUAGUGCAGGCCCCCCGCUGCAAACCCAUCCCCGAGAUGAACUGGUGGAACGAAGGCCCUCUGUACCAGAUCUCUGACGUUGACGCUUUCGCUGGCGGAAUUGCAGGUGUUGAGGCCAAGCUAGACGAAAUCAACAAGUUGAAGGUGAAGGGCCUGAUUCUCGGGCCCCUGCACACCAGCCAGGCAGACAAACCACCAGCCCUGAAUCUUCAAGUGAUUGACCCGACCUACGGGAACAGGAAGGAUUUGGAGGCUGUGCUGGAAAAGGCCCACAAAAAGGGUAUUUCUGUGGUUCUCGACCUGACUCCAAACUAUCGGGGAGCUUCUCCCUGGUUCAACAAUGACGGUGUCAGUGAUGUGAUGGAGAAAGUCAUGGAUGCAGCAGAGUAUUGGCUGAAUUUGAAAGUUGAUGGCAUCAAGGUAUCUGACCUCACUUUUGCCACCAGCUCUCCUGAGUGGUCCAAGCUACAGUCUGCUCUCCGUAUCAACAGCACUGAAAACCCCAGGAAGAGGCUGCUGAUGGGUGUGGUUGAAAGCGUGUCUGCCGAUACUGUGUCUCAGCUCGUCAACGACUCUGGCGUGGAUCUGGUUCUCUCUAAUCUACUUGGCAGCAAAAAAGGAGGUGUGGAGCGCAUCCAGGCCAUGGACAUCCUUCACUCCCAGCAGAUGAGCCUCGCCUGGGGUCUGGGCGCCGCCCAGCGACAGCAGCUGUCCGAGCAGGCGACGAGUCCGGGCCUGAUGCGCCUCUACCAGCUGCUGCUGUUCACCAUGCCGGGAACCCCCGUGUUUACCUACGGAGAUGAGAUCGGCCUUCAGGCACUCGUAAGCUACACAACUGCGAGGACGUUUCGGUGGCUGUUGCAGGGCGUAACCGCUUUGUUUCCUCAUCAGGGUGAUGAGUCUCCUAAGAUGAUUUGGGACGUGGAGACGGAACCAGCUGAAGGAGCCGCUGUCAACGAGACCUCUGAGGCGGCGCGUACGGAGCGCGUCGCCAUGAGGAAGUGGUUCAGAUCCCUCAGCGACCUGCGAGGAAAAGAGCGAUCCCUCCUCCACGGAGACUACUACUCUCUGUCCUCGUCCAGCUCGUCCCUUUCCUUCCUCCGGGUGUGGGACCAGAGCGAGAGAUACAUAACUGCUGUGAACUUCGGAUCGUCAUCCGAGACGCUCACACUCAAACUGGCGCCCACAGAAGGACUGGAGCUGCCAGAGACGGGCACCGUGAAGCUGUCCACUGAUGAAGAGAUGGUGGUGGAUUCCAGAGUCCCCCUGGACAAAAUCACCCUGAAGCCCGGACAAGCCGUCCUACUGCAGUUCCCCUAUACAGGCUAAAGAUGGCGACAAAGUAUCAAGAAAGCCACUUGCAGAUUAGACUUUGUUUAGUCUUAAAAAGUCAGUCCCAAUUCUUAGAAUAAAGUGGCUUAUUUAAAAGAUAAAAAGGAAUACGGUAUAACUUAAUUGGAUCAAAUCUGCCGUACAGAGUUGUACAAGCUCUGUUCAUUUUGUUUUCAAAAUGUUUCUUUUUUUUUUAUGUACUAGAAAAAGACGCAGCCAACUCAGACACACACUCUUGUUCUUUUUGUGGUCUUUUAUUGUCAACUAUCUGUGCAUUGUCCAAAAUAUCUGAAACACAUUCCAUUUUUUAACUUUUGGGCAUUUCUUUAGCAGUUCUUUUGACUUUUAUUUAUCAUAACUUAAGAUUUAUAGUGAAAUCUUACUGUCUUUUAUGUUGUUUUUUUUCUUUCUCACUAAAAGACAUUUGAGUUUAUUUCACGUUACCUCUGAACGUGUGUGCUGACUUGGUUGGAAGUCUUCUGGAGAACUGAAUUGAAAAUGAAUAAACGGAAAGUUCUGUACCGAC